UGCUGUGUCGUCCUUUCCUUGCAGCACCGACGCCGGUGGACGCGGUGGGAGGUGAGCCGAAUCGGUCCUCUGAGCCGCCAAUGUCUUAUGCAGCCUGCAUAGCGCGGAAAUGGAUCUCAUUUUCGUUUCCAGGAAGCCACCCAAGCUAGCUACUUUUGCAUUGCUGGAGCCUGGUUAGUGGGCUGUUCAGGUAUCCAAACAAAACUAAGUUGCAUUGCAUAAGCCUGGAUAGAGGUUAUCCAGCCUACCAAUCACCCCCUGUAACACCGACGCCCCGCCGCUCAUGAGGAGAAGAAGGAACAAUCAAACCACGUACUUGGAUCAAUCCGAUCGCCACCAAGUUCCGUCUGAUCCGCUGUAAUUCGAUCGUGAACCGGCGAAGGGUUGAUCAGAGCAGGAAGAUGGACCUGUCGGAGCUGCUACCAGAGGACGUGCUCGCUGACGUCCUCCGCCGCCUCACGCGGUCGCGCCGCGCUAGCUAGCCACCUCCCGCCACGUCUGCCGGAAGUGGCGCGCCGCCUUCGACUGCCGCGGCCUGCUGAGCGCCGCCGCCGGCCUCCUCCCGCGCUCCGUCGCCAGAUUCCUCCAACUCGACGAUGGGUCGUCGAGUUUCCCCUCCCACCCCUCCGCGGGGCCUACAGUCUCCAUGGACGACCUCAACUACGCCUCCUUCUCCGGCGACGGCAGCAAGGUCUACGACCCCUUCGAGGUCUGGGACCACUGCAACGGCCUCAUCUUGCUCCAGGACAGCCAGGUGAACUGCAUGGUGGUGAACCCCGCCACGCGGCAAUGGGCGCACCUGCCCCCGCGGCCGCCGCCUCUGUGCGCGGGGCCGCCCGAAUACUUGUACGCCAACGACUACCUCGUCUACGAUCCGACCGUGUCUCCGCACUACGAGGUGUUCUCGAUCCCCCGCUUCACAUACCAAAAUUUGGAUCCCGCAGUGGAGGAGCUAGAAUGGCCACCGUCACCUUGCGUCCUCCAUGUCUUCUCCUCCAAGACAGGGCGGUGGGAGGAAAGGUCCUUUGCUCGAGAAGGGGCGACGGUCGCAGGGACUAUCACUGAUAUGCGGACAGAUUCAUCUCUUGGACACCGCCAUGCGGUCUAUUGGCAAGGAUCACUCUAUGUACAAUGCCAAACUGAUUUUAUUAUGAGGUGUACGGUUAAUAGUGGAAAGUACCAGUUGAUUCAACCGCCUGCAGCAUUCGAACCAUCCGAUUGGACUGAUGACUCACGAGCAAGAAGGAUUUCUAUUGGAAAAUCUAAGAGCGGGGUAUACAGUGUAUUGAUAAAUAAAAGUCAUAUUAGCGUUUGGAUCCUUGAUGAUUCUGAUGGUCAGAUCAAGUGGGUGUCAAGGCAGCUCAUUGGCCACCUACCUAAACUCCAAGACGAAAGCUACUUUCAGCUAGAAAGCCAUGGACAUUGGAUGUUACAUGGUAUCGACCCUCGCUGGGACUCCGAAAGCUAG